CUAGGGAGGAUGUUUGUGGUCGGAACCCAUGCCUUCCCAGUGGUUUCAUAGUGUUGUUAAUUUGUUGCAAGUACGUGCUAGCACCAUAUUUUGUUGAUUAUCGGCGUCUUCCUUAAUGAGCUUCUUUACAAAUUUGCUUGGUGCAUGUCGCCGAGUUGGGAGACUACUUUGUCACCAUCAAGUUGGGAGACUGCUUUGUCGCCGAGCUGGGAGAUUGCUUUGUCACAGAGUUGGGAGACUGCUUUUGUCGUUGCUGAGUUGGGAGAGAUUGCUUUGUCACUACCGAGCUGGGAGACUACCGUUGCCAAGUUGAGAGACUGCUUUGUCAUUGUCGUCAAGCUCGAGCUUGUCUUGUCUCGUCGACGGCGUGGGGUUCGUCGCGGAACCCAGGAGCUGGGUUCGCUUGGGUUUGUCUCGGAACCCAAGGGAGGGAUUUGCGACGAACCCGUGCCUGGUUCUCCUGGGUUCGUCUUGAACCCCCUGGGUUCCGCGACUAACCCCACGCCUGGGUUCGUCUCGGAACCCAGGGGAUGGGUUUGCGACGAACCCGCGCCUAGUUUGAGACAAACCAAGCUCCUAGGUUCGUCUCAGAGCCUAGGCGUUGGGUUCGUCGUGAACCCAGGCGCUGGGUUCGUCUCCAAACCCAAGCGCAGGGUUCGUCGCGAACCCAGCUCCUGGGUUUGUCUCCGAAUUGAAGCUGAGGGGAUUUUCGGUUUAGGGGAAAAGAAAAUGAGGAAGAAAAUGGUAAGUAUUUUCUGUUUGUUUCUUUGAUUGGAUGAGGAAUAAUAUAGUUAAGUAUUUUUGGUUUGUUUCUGUGAUUGGAUGAGUAUUUUGGAUUUGUUUCUGUGAUUGGAUGAGGAAGAAGAAACAAAUGUGCUUGGGGCUGGUUGUUUUGAUUAUAAAUUGGUCCUUUAUAU